UUACAGCAUAAGUUACCACAGUCUCCAAGUAGACACAGACGUUCGAGGCAAUACGUCAUCAGACAUGGUCAGAUCUGUCCUCGCAAUCACGGUACUGGGUGUUGCCCAGACAUACGCCUUUUACGGACGUGAAGGCUUGUCCGAAGCAGUCGUCGGUGGGCGACCCUGGGCUAGACCGGCAGACCUCUACGACGGCAUCGACGGAUACAGACCUUCAGGAGGCCAAGUAGAUGGAUGGCUCGGUGCACCUCUCAGCCCUUUCUACGGUGGAAACUUCAGGGAAACAGUUGCUCCCACAGGCGGAUGGCCCUGGGACGGAUCUGCGAACCUCUGCAGUGGACCUCACGGAUGCUACCUUCCGGAAGGCCAAGGGCACGACCUGUACGGUUCGCCUUUCACCCCCAUCUACGGCGUCAGCUUUGAAGGAGUCGGUCAACCUAUGGGAGGACUACUCGAGGGGGGAAGACCCGCGGGUUCCUACGGUGAACUUGACGGAUACAACCCCUCAUGGGACAAAGGAACCGACCUUUUUGGCGGAACUCUCGGCCCCGUGUACGAUUGGGGACCAGGCGGACUUUUCGUCGGACCUCCCUACGACAGACCUGAUGGAUCCGACCGUGUGAAAGGCAGAGGAGAUGGGCUUUUUGGUGCGCAUCUCGCCGCUUUUUACAGCGGCGGCUGCAGGGGAGCCGACGUGCCCGUGGCUGGACAGUCUGGGGACAAACACGCGGGGCUCGACGGCGAACGCGGCGGACACGGCCCCGCGGGAAACACGGGCGCGCCUCUGACGAGGGCAGAGGGUCUCCGGGGAGACGGCAAACGCGCGUCGCCUCACUCGGCUCCCGGCGCGGCAGCAGCAGCGGCGGCGGCGGCGGCGGCGGCGUCUUCAGCGGGGGGCGGAGGGACCACCGCCUCCUCCAAGUGGUCUCCGCCCGACCUGGCUGCUCUGUCGCUCGUCCCGAGACGUCCCGGUGUCCGCGCCGGCCCCACGGCGGGUUCCUCGCCCAGGGCUUCCUCGUCGACGGAACACAGCCGCUGCUAGUCCGCCGGCUGCGGGGCGCCGUCUCGAACAACACUUUCUUCUCGCUGAAAGCGUGAUUUCACCGUUCUCCGGCAAUGUAGCUACCUGGUUUUUUCCCCGAAUUAAAAAAAAAAAUGGUUGUCUGUAAAGUCGGUUUACGGACGAUAGUUUGACGUGACAAAGUCAUAACAAAACAUUGAUGAAAUUAUUGCAUACUUUUAUGAAUAAAAUUGAAUCAUUUUUAUUUUAAUAAUAAAAUAAUAAAUACUUGAAAUUAUACUAGUAAUCAGAUUUUUAAAAUGCAAGAAUAAUUGGCAUUUAUUGCCGAAAUUGUUGUUGUAAUAAGCAAUGAAAACCACAUUAACUUUUCACUUCACUUUAUGAACAGUCGACGAAACAGUUCACGUGUAGAUGACUUGUAAUUAAUUUUAAAAACUAGCGUUUAGCUAUAAAGUUUAAAUAUAAUUAUGAACAAGUUUUCAUAUAAAUAAACUGUAAUCAAAUAUCUAUCAUCCAUUAUAAGAAUCACCAUAAUUUUUUAGUCAAUUGUAACAUAACAUAUUAUUAUGGCACUCGCCGACAGCGUAACGGGACACAGCGUAACUGAACAAUGUGCGUAACGGGACACUUUUUCCUGCGUGCAGCCGGCGUUCAUCGAUUUAUUAGACGUUGUCACGUCAAACGAUUAUUGCCAUCAAUUUUUUUUUAAAUUUUAAUAUCUCAAGUUUAGGAAGUCAACGUGACAUCUGUGUUAAAACCUAUGCCAUUUCUUCGAUGUGACAUUUGUGGCCGCUAGCCCAUUAUCGUAAUUAUAUUUGCGAUCCAUGGUCUGCAAACAUUCAUGAUCCUAACAUUGUUGCACGCUUCCUGCGCAAUCGUGAAAAAGGAAAAUCGUUGUUUCGAACGGUCGUGUGACGACUGAAUCUCUUGCAGCAAGUAUGUAUUUGUAAAGGCGUGUAACCUUGGAGGUAGGCAGCAGGUGGUUCUUACAUGCGACGAGUGAUACCAACCUUCCAGCCGUGGGAGACUAUUAAGACUGUGACACCUAGCGUUGUGAGGAAGCAUUUCCGAAGGGGGAAAAAAAAUGUUUCGCGGAAGAAGUGGAUUUUUCUUUACAUGAGCUACCUCGUCUACAUGUUUAUGGUAAACAUUAUUAUGUAAUUUUUGUUUAAUGUACAGAUUAUUUCUUUAAAAAAUAAAGCUUGUUGUUUUCCUAACUUUCAUUACAAUUACU